AUGCCGCCAGGGCCCAAGGGCUCGAAGCUGCCACCUAGGCAUUGGUCUCAGCGACAUGUCGAGGAGGACGAGAACCGGAGCAUAUAUGUGGCUGCUGUACUCUGCCUGAUAUUCCUGGGGAUAGCCGGCCUGGUGAUCUUCCUCCUCGUUGGAUCGAGUGAUUCCGAAGACGGACAAGAUGACUUCGGCAACAGCGGCGUUGGCGGUGGUGGCGGAGGUGGCGGUGGUGGCGGUGGUGGCGGUGGUGGCGGUAGCAGCCUCCCUCCUCCGGUACCAGUCAUUAUAGAAGCUAAAACGCCAGCCUCGACGACCUCUCCUCCAUUAGUAGUACCAGGAAGUGUACCGGGAGGACCGGUACCUCCAUCUGGGGGACCGGUUCCGCAAGAGGGACCAGCUCCCCAAUCUGGGGGGCCAGGUGCGCCCCAAGGGGGACCAGCGCCGCCAUCUGGGGGACCGGGUUCGCCACAAGGGGGACCAGCGCCGCCAUCUGGGGGCCCUGUUCCGUCAUCUGGGGGACCUCUAUCUCCACCUGGGCGACCAGUACCUCCACCUGCAAGACCACUUCCUCCACCGGUAGGACCAACUCCCUCACCAACGCGACCAUCUCCUCCACCGGCGCCACCGACGACCGCGAAGCCGAAGCCGACACCGACACCGACGACGACACCGACGACGACACCGACGACGACACCGACGACGACACCGACGACGACGACGCAGCUGCCGAAAUACCGGGAGCUUCUGUGUACAGUGGGCGACAGCGCAUUCAUAAAGUCCAUGUACCCUCCAGACAGGAUGUGUGCGUACUUGUACUACACACACGUGAUCAUCGACGGGAACGAAAUAUACGCCGCCAAAAUGGAGGAAAGCUGGUGGCGUUACAAGUACAUGGCUUUGUCAUACCGCCACGUCAAGAUGGGAGUCUCCUUCGACCACAGGUACAUCACCGCGGCCAAGAUAAAAAAUGCCGCCGGUGCUUUGGCCAAGCUGUCCAAUGAGAAAAUUCGGCACUUCGCUGUGCUCAAUGUCCUCACGAAGUCCGGUGACAUUGUCAAAGAAGUGGAGUCCAUGCGACCGGUUUUUGACGAGAUCAAGAAGAACCAUAAUGGCUCGCACAAUGUCAUUGCGAUCGGAGUGCGUGACUACAGUCUUCCGAGCAUGGUCAGCUUCAAACAGGCGGUCAAGCUGGCUGUAGAUUCAUUCGCCGUGGACACGGUUAUCGCCAUAGCUUCAGUGAGCUCGAUGGAGAGUAGAGAGAGCUGCCGCGCCGUGCCUCCGAACGUUCUCCUAAGUUCGCCACAGGGGAAAGACCCGAGCUUGGUCAAGCUGUGGCCUCUGCUGAAAAGGAACGCCACUGACAGACAGACCACAACGCUGGGACUUUCGUUCGAGAUGGGCACGCUGAUCUACGAGCUGACCAGCGACUACACCAAUCUGGCUAGCGCCAUCUACGCUAAAUGCAACGCAACUUCCCUGACAAGCAGGGAAGCGCUCUGCGGAUCGGCGAAGGUCGUCGACAAAGACAAGCAAAAGUUGGCCGCACCGCACCUCACGUACGGUGUGUUCCCGACUGCCGGUAACAAGAGGAGAGUCAUCUUCACGGACUACCUGCACACUGCCACUGAAAGGUUCUUGAACGUAAGUGGCGGAACUGGCAGCGACAACCUUCGCAGUCGAGUGGCAUGGAUGUUGUUCAACGUGCACCUGGAAGACACGGGAAAGACAUGCGGCGGUCUCGAGCCUUUCGAGCUCGAAGAUAAUUUCUGCAAAGCAUUUCUUCCGUCAGGCCAGGGAUGCUGAUACAACGCAGGCGAUUUGAAAGGAGCAAGAUAAAAAUGUAACAAAAAAAAAUCAAUUUCUGCGCUUCACUGUGGCGUGACUCAUUGUCUUUUAACGCGACAGCGUUAAGGUCACCGUGUUCGAAAUUUGGU